AUGAAAGCCAUCCAGCUCAAGGAAUACGUCAAGGUAAACACUACCUCCCUUUCACCAACUGACAGACAUACGUUCCUGUGUCUGGAAAAGAAUGAUCAGCACUAUCUGCGAGUGUCAGAGAACGUCAGGCUCAGGAUACAAGAUCAAGACUCAUCUCACCUUACGAAUUUUCGACGAUAGCCAACGCCGAGUAACACCGGCCAUGGAAACGUCUUCAUGUUGUUGAGAUUAAGACAGCAUCAGCAUCUCAAUUUCUAUCAAGUGGGGCCAUAUUCUGUAUACCAUUUUAACUCCUCUAUAGGGUCCUCGCGACCUCACCGUCUCCUCCGUCCCGGACCCAUCCCCAAACCCCGACCAAUAUACCAUCGCCGUCAAGUCCUGCGCAGCAAACUUCUUCGAUCUCCUCCAAAUCCGCGGGAAAUACCAAUGGCAGCCUCCGUUCCCCUUUGUGUCUGGAGCAGAAUUCUCCGGCCAAAUCAUCGCCGUCCCCAGCUCGCCUUCGCACCGUCCUCCAAAAUUCCAAGUCGGUGAUAGGGUCUUCGGUUCCGCACAGGGAGGCUACGCGACCAAAGUCUGUGCCCUCGAAUCCCAACUGCAACCCAUUCCGCAGGGAUGGAGCUACUUCGACGCAGCGGGCUUGUUCGUGACCAUGCCAACGUCCUACGGCUCCCUCAUCACGCGAGCCAACAUCCAAAAGGGCGACUGGGUCCUCGUCCACGCCGCAGCAGGCGGAGUCGGCCUCGCCGCAGUGCAAAUCGCCAAAGCAAUGGGCGCCACCGUAAUCGCAACAGCCGGAACCCAACACAAACUCGACGUAGCCAAGUCCUUCGGCGCAGAUUACGGCAUCAACUACAAAGAAGAUUCCUGGCCGCAACAAGUCCUCGACCUCACUCCCAAGAAACGCGGCGUAGAUAUCGUCUACGAUUCCGUCGGCCUGAUCGAGAAAUCGACAAAGUGUAUCGCUUGGAAUGGAAGGUUAUUGGUCGUGGGAUUCGCUGGCGGAACGAUUGAAAAGGUUGCUACGAAUCGUAUUCUGCUCAAGAACAUUUCUGUCGUGGGGUUGCAUUGGGGUGCUUACGCGCGGUUUGAGCCAGAGAAGAUUACAGAGGUGUGGACAGAGUUGCAUAAGUUGAUGGAGAGCAAGAAAGUGCGGGCGACGAAUUAUACGGACAAAGAGUACAAGGGCUUGGAGUCGAUUCCGGCGGCAUUGGAGGCGUUGGGUGCGAGGGACACAUGGGGCAAGGUGGUGAUUGAUUUGCCGGAAGAGAGGGAGAGCAAAUUGUAG